AUGUCUUUGCAGCCGCUACCACAGAGUUCACCCAGCUAUCCAAUCCUUCCCCUUUGGGGGCUGGACGAGUCUCCUCUCACCCCGCGUGGCAAAGGCGGUGGCAGCGGUCACAGCGGCGGCAGUAGCAGCGCCGGAAGCAGCAGCAGUAGCAAUUCCGACAGCAGUAGCAGCGGCGGUAGCAGCUAUAGCGGCAGUAUCAGCUGGAAAGAUGGCAACGGUAACUCGGGCAGUAGCCAAGGCUCGUGUUACUCAACAGAGAAGGUCUGCGACAACUAUUGGUGCAUUCCAAACGGCGCUACAUGCUGCAAUCACGCGGACGGGAUGUAUUGCAAUUCCUGCGUCUCUUCCAAUAGCUUCACCAGCAGUAGCAGUAGCCGCGGCGGUUCGAGUUUUGCGAUAAGUGGCAUGCCGGCUCAGGUGGCCAAGCCUCAAAAGUGUCCUGUCCUCGCCGUCCUCACGUGGACCGCUUUGACUUAUGCCUUGACAGUUUAG